GAAGGCAGAAAACAUGACAAUCUGAUCUAAACAAAAACACAGAAAAAAUACUUCAUAAUACUCGACAAACUUUUAAUUAAAUUUGUGUAUGAUCAAAAUGGAGGUGAAGGCAUUAGCGGUGGGGGUGGUUCAAAAGCUAAAAGAUACGCUAAAUGAACAACCGAUAACCAAAAAUAAAGUAAUGAUGCAUCAACUGAAGCCAGUCAAGAAGUCUCUUGAGAAGCUACAAGGUUUUUCAGAAGAAAUAGACAUGUUCCAGAUGUCAUCGAACUAUCUUUGUGUCCUUUGUGAAGUUGCGGAUGAGAUUGAGAAAUUUGCUUUUCGAGUUGCUAGACAGAGGAAGAGGUUUGGUUUUGUAGCAAAUCAAAUGUUCUUGCUUCAUGAUCUCAAUUCUUGUCGUAUGCUUAUACGAAAAAUCAAGAAAAUAAUGAGCAAGAUUUCUUGUUCUCCUAAAGAUGAGGCUGCAACUAAGGACCAAGAAGAAUAUCAUCAUGAUAAUGAUGAGGUCUAUUCUAAUAAACGUGAGUUGGCACGAAAGAGUUCCUCUGUUGUUUGGCCGAUUUCAACUAUCCCCAGUGUCCCAAGUUCUAACAAAAAGUGUCUGGUUCGAUCACUGACUACAAUCCCACAUUCUCAAGAGAAUUUGCUAAAAAAGAAGAAACUAAUGCUCACCUAUUCUUACAACAAAAGAGAGGCAAACAAAGUAGGUUUUGAAGACGAAAAUGGUCAUGAUCAAUGUCCUGGCGAAGUUUUGGCCAAGUAUUAUGCUGACUUAUGUGAACACUCAAAACUUUGCCUGUUAUACCUGUCUCUUUUCCCGAAAAAUGAAGACAUUUCAGUACGGAGGUUGAUUAGGCUAUGGCUUGCCGAGGGAUUUGUCGAGAGAAGAUGCCAACAGCCAUUCCCCGAGGAUUUGGUACAGAAACUAUUUGAAGAUUUGGUUGAUCUGGGAAUGAUUCAGAUAACCAAAUUAAAGUCUGACAACAGCCCAAAAAAAUGUCGUUUAGCAUCUAUUCUGCAAGAUUACCUAUCACCAAAAGCCCAGAAUAUCGGUCUGUUUUACAUUCACCAAAAAUCAGAAUGUUUUGAGGAUGCUACAGCCCCCUUUGGUGUACGUAGGAUGGUUCACGACAUGAGCACCACAAGGGCCGUUGCCACAAACAAAUGGGCACGUAAAUUUGAUCCCUCUAACUUGAGGUCUUAUCUAUCUUUCAACCGCCCACACAAGGACACAGCAGCAAAAGAAGUUGGUAUACUGUUGAACAGAAUCAUUAAAAACGAUGUUUGCUUACUGAGGGUGCUUGAUCUUGAGGGUGUGAACAACCCUACUCUGCCUGAUAAGCUUGGCCAUUUGUGUAAUCUAAAGUAUCUGGGACUGAGACGAACGUACUUAGACAGUCUUCCUGAGUCGGUGGGUGACCUAUCAAAUCUGGAAACGCUAGAUGUGAAGCACACAUAUGUAAAUAGUCUACCAGACUCUAUUUGGAAGCUAGACAACCUUCGUCAUCUGAAUCUGAACAACAUCAGUCUUGCCAUGCCACCUAGCAGCUCUUCAACUCUAGUCACGUUAUGGGGAUUGGUUCUAGACGAGAAGAUACCAGUAAAUGAAGGUUUGGGGAUGCUGCUGAAUCUUACAGAGCUUGGUAUUAAGUUCCAACUAAGUACAAGAAGCCAAGGUAUGUUGCUUGACUGGAUUGCAAAGUUGGUGAAUCUUCAAUCAUUGAGGUUGAUAUCAGUAGAUGACAAGGGUAUUGUUUCGGAACUAGUUUUAAAAUCACUAGUAACGUUGACAAAACUUUCUCAUCUAAAUCUGAUUGGUAAGUUACAAAGGUUACCAGCUCUAUAUGAAUUCCCUUUAAACGUUAAGGUUCUGACAUUGUCAAUCUCUCAUCUAAACAAUGAUCCGAUGGAGACACUGGGAAAACUACCUUGCUUGAUCGUGUUAAGGCUUUUGGGCGACUCGUUCAUGGGUAAAAGAAUAAUUUGUCAUCAAGGAGGAUUCAAAAAGCUCGAAGUUUUGAAGUUUUGGAAUCUGCCCGGGUUGGAGGAAUGGGAUGUGGAGGAAGAGGCAAUGGAGAGUCUUUUACAACUAAAUAUCAGACGUUGCCAUAAGUUAAAGAAGAUCCCUUCCCGACUACUGCUAAAAACUAGGCCCUUGAAGGAUAUAAUACUAGAAAAAAUGUCUGAUGACUUUGUAUCCCGAAUCAGAACUGCAAAAUCCAUGGUCACAUCUCUUACAAUCAGACCCCUUGACGGAAAUCAAGACAAUACUUUAGGAGACAGCGGUACCUGAAUGCAGCCCGUAGUAGCUGAGUCUAGCAUGAACAAAUAGAAUCCAACCGGCAAACAUGAUGCGUCCGUCCAUUAUUAGUUCUCUAAUACUCUGUAUAACUUCGUUCAUAAAGCAUCUAUUUUUUUAAUUCUUUAAUUCAUAUCAUUGUUUCAUUUCCUUUUAAAUUACUGAUGUAUAAUACAUUCAACUCUCUGUACAUAAUUCAUUAGUACAAUCAAAUUAUUGUUAUCCAUG